GGAUACACAUUUACCCAAAUCUAUGGCCAUACACUUUGUCUGUACUUAAAUUAAGAUUCACAUUCCUUUCCAGUUUAAGACUCUAUAUAUCUAAUGCCUCAUGAUAAAACAAACACUACGAUAUAACACUCGAAUCCGAGCUUCUACGAUAGUUCGUGUGACUGGUAAACGAACUCGAUUCUUUGGUUCGACCGUCGAUAAUGUUGAGCCCUCUCAACAAACCCCAGUGGAAGAGAUAUUCAACAAAGUACAAUUUGGUACUUUGCUGAAAUUUAUAGAUUUUUCAUAUCUUGAGAUCAACAACAAUACAUAUGACAAAUUUGAUCUGGAGAAGAUAAUUCAAAAACAUUCAGUAACUACAAAUCCUCGAGUCUCGGAUAUAGAACAAGAGAGUAGACAGACGGCUCCAAUACCGGGUACUCUAGUGGAAUUCAUCGACACUACAGCCAAUCAUAAUACACAUAUUAGAGCUACAUUUGGAAUAGUGGUUGAGGAAUCCAAUGCCAAAUUUGAUGAAUCCAAUAAUAAAUUUACUGUACUAACUAUUGAUAACCAGUUAUUGAAAGUAAAUGCACAGGAUAUAACUAUAUCAUUCCCCAGAGUAUUCUAUUCCCAAUGGAUAAAAAGUAUCAUCCCCAAUGAACGAAAAAGACUUGUCUCAAUAUUGAGAUAUUUCAUAAAUGAAUCAAUAGCAUUACAAAACUUCCUUGAAGAUGAGUUUCAGUUUGACACUGCAUUUGCUCAUCAUGCUAAUUCAAAUACAGUCAUGCCUCUAUUGAUUUCAAGCAUGAUAAGGUCGUUCAAACUUCCUCCAUGGAAAUCUCAAGAGAUCGAGUCUAGUUACUUUAAAACUUGCGCAUUAAUGAUGGCUUGUCAUAUGCAUAUGUCCAAUAAUCCUAACCAAUGGAUGGUUCCUACAAUGUUACCCGCCAAUCGAGUAUCGAACGUAUCACUUGUAGAUGGGUGUUCAAACACCAUGCCUCCAUUGAAAGUUUAUUUAACCCAAUCGAUUAAAAAUCAUGAAUCGAUAAAGGAAGUACAAACUAGAUUUGAUAAAGAUAUGACAUAUACUGAAGAAUUGAAAAAUUUUGUUAAACAAUUGCAAGAUAUGCAAUCAAAUGAAAGUACUCGCAAAUCUUCAGAAGAUCUUACCAUUUGGUUUACCGUUUGGGAGGGAUCUCAAUAUAUUCAAUUGAUCAACUUGAUGAAAUUAUACGUGAUUUAUCCACAUCAUGAAUUAGAACGAUUACUUGAGAAAAUAUUGGUUGGACCUAUUGAAGUUCAAGAUAUUUCUCCAACGAGUGUUUUCAAGAUUUUAAACGAAUGGAAUGUAUACGAUCCUAGAGGUGAACGGGAGAAAGCUUCAGAUAUUGUUCUAUCUGCGAAUAUAAUGGGAUCUCCCAUAUUAAAUCAAUUAUCAGUAUCUUCCACUAAUGAUUUAAAUCCUUUAGAAUCUCAACAAAUUCUGAAUUAUUCAUCUAAUCAAAAUGAUAAAUUCCCCCAUUUAAGAAGAAAACUUUUACCUGAAAAUAUCUUGUAUGGACUUAUUAGAGAUGGUGAUCCUUCUGGAACGUCUUCGUUGGCAAUAUCAAUGUCAAGAACCAAUGAUCAUAAGCAUUGGAUUAAUGUUCAUGUUCAAGAUAUUGCCACCAGGUUAUCCCCAAACAGCAGAUUGUUUGAGAGUAUUUCUACAAAUUUCAGAUCAGAUAUUCAAUUGAGAGGUAAUUUAAAUCUCUUUAAUUCAAAUUACCUUUCCAAACAUGCAUUCAAAUCUAAGAUAAUUAAUAAUGAUUUUAUUUCUGUUGGUGAUAUAUCAACCAACGGGAAAAAAGGUAUAACUGAUAUAAAAGAUCAAUUAUCCUGUAUGACAAUAUCCUUUCUUUAUAGUCCUUAUAAGAAUGAUCCAUUUGAGGAUAUGGAAAAUGAAAUUCAAAUUAAUUUUGAUGAUAUUUCGAAGUGUCAAAUAAAAAUUGUCCCACUGGAAGAACUUGAAAGAAUUUUAAAAGGUACCAAAAGCUCUAAAUUUCGACUUUUCAAGAAAAGAGAAGAUUUCAAUUCAUCAGACUUUAACGACAUAGAUAUACAUAACAUUCGAUUUAUUAGUAAUGUCUUGAAAACUUACAAUAAAGUAAGAAACAUUCAUAACGCAGCAUUGUUUGAUUCAAGUAAGCCAUGUGAUUUGACAAGUUUAGAGUUGAAAGGGGUAUCAGAUAUUGAAAAUGAAUCAACACUUUCCAAAAAUUUGGUAAGAGAGGUGACUCUGUUCUGUGGGGAUAUGACAUCAUUAUAUUGUUUUAAGAAUGAAAUCCCUGCCUUUACCCAUAAUCAAGAUGUUAUCGAAGAUGAUUGUUUAAAGAAGAAUGAAGGAGUAGAGGAAGAGGUAGAAGAACUCAACUUGGAAACGAUGUUCAAGAAAAACGUACCAACAGAAAAAACAUUUGAAGAUGAUCUGGAAGUCAUUGAAACAGAUACUGUUUUAAUUCAUCACAAUAAUGUAUUAUUACCUGCUUUCCGAGCAAAUUCGUAUUUCCAAGUUCUUAUGUCAAGAGAUUCACAUGGGAACAUUCCAAUAAUUGGGAGAGUGUGUAGCAACAAUUUCCUUGUUAAAAGGAAAAUUGAAGUGUCACCGGAGAUAAUCCGUCCAUUAUUGAGAGAAGGAUUGAAUUCUGGAUAUGUUGAUGUUAUCAAUGGAAACAAUUGUUAUGAAUCAUUAUUAAAUCAAUACCAAAUCUUGAGUCAUUUACAAUCUUUGAAAUCGAACGAAUCGAUGAAUUAUAUGGAAGAAGUUCUGAAAUUUAGUUAUUUGAUAAGAAAUGGAUAUCCCAAAGAACCACUACAUUGGAAUGUCUUGGAGGAAGAAGUGGCAACACUUGAAAUAAUGAAGGAUUUCAGAGAUUUAUUUGGAAGUAUUGAGAAAAGGUACUGGAAAUUGAAAGAAUUGGAGAGUAAAAAGGAACAAAGGGAAAAUCAUAAAUACACUUGUAUCGUUACCAAAAUUGGACCACAGAUAGAAGAUUGGAAUUUAUCGAAAGCCUUAUGUGUUGAAAUGGGAUUAGAGUUGGAAAUAUUAACUCAAUCAAGCAAAAUUGACACAAUUGGAACAAUUAUUAAUUGUAACAAAAUUUUGUACAUAGAUUCAGUUGAGGGAAGAUGUGUUCUCGCUGAAUAAGAAAAUGUCAUUGGCAAAGAAUACUAAGUAUAGACUCUUUCAUCUCUGGCAAGAUUAUUUAUAUACCAAAUAAACGAUAUUUAUAGACAUUCAAAUAAUAG